AUGAAUCCUCGACGUUAUCUCCUUUUAGUAUCAUGUGCAAUAUUUACUAUAAAUGUACACGAAAUUAAGACCCAGUCCUCAAAUCCACCCAAUGAUAUAAUAAAUGACGCUUAUAAAAAUGGAACUUAUAAAAAUGAACUAAAUGAAUCUUCAGGACUAUCAACAAAUCAUAUAGAUGAAACAGAUGUAAAAAAGGAAUCUGAUAACAAUACAAAAAAUGAUUCUUUAAAUAAUGAAAUAUCAGAUACGGAAACAUUAAUAAAAUCAUCUUUAUCAAAAAAUGGUAAAGGGAUUAAAGCUAUUGGUGUAUGUAAUGAAGAUUUCAGAAUUUAUUUUGGUCCUUAUAUAUGGAUUUAUGUUACAUUGUCAGAAAAUAUAAUAAAAAUAGAACCUGAAAAUGGUGUAAGAACUUCUAUAAACUUAAACAAUUUAAAUAAUAAAUGUAAUGAUAAAAAAAAUGACACUUUUAAAUUCACUGCUAAAAUUGAGGAAGAUAUUCUAAAAAUAAAAUGGAAAACAUAUACUAAUGAAACUGAUCAAGAACCUAAAAGUGAUAUUAAAAAAUUCAGGCUUCCGGAUUUAGCUAAAGAUCUUACAUCUAUUCAAAUAUUCACAACAAAUACAAAAGAAAAUAUAAUUGAGAGCAAAACUUAUGAUAUAGACAAAAACAUCCCGGAAAAAUGUAGCGCAAUUUCAGCUAGCUGUUUUUUGGGAGGAAGUUUAAAUAUUGAGAGUUGUUAUCAUUGCACAUUGUUAGCUCAAAAAUAUCCAAAUGAUGAUGAAUGUUUUAAUUAUAUUUCUAGCGAAUUAAAAAAUAAAAUUAAUAAUGAUACUAUAAUAAAAGGAGAAGAUGAUUUAGAUGAAAAUUCAGACGAAAAAAUAUUAAGAGAACAUAUUUAUAAAAUAUUGAAAAAAAUGUAUAAUAAUGAUUCAGAUUAUUGUGGUAAUAAUAGAUGUAAUAAAAAAAUGAUAAAAAAUAUAAAAGAAUUAGAUACUGAUUUACAAAUAUACAUCAAAAAUUAUUGUGAUAUUUUAAAAAAGGUAGACAAAAGUGGUACAUUAGAUUCUCAUGAAAUAGCUAAUGAAGUUGAAGCAUUUAAUAAUUUAGUAAGAUUGCUUAAUUCACAUACCAGUGAAAAUAUAUAUAUAUUAUUUGAAAAACUUAAAAGUCCAGCAAUUUGUGUAAAAAAUAUAAAUGAAUGGAUAGUUAGAAAAAGAGGUCUAGUUAUAUCAAAUGAAUAUGAUAUAAAUUCAUAUGACACUACAGAAGAACCUAAUAUAAAAAAUAUUUUAAGUGAUGCAUUUAAUGAAGAAGAUACAGAAGCAAUUGGCAAUGAUAUACAAAAUAACGAAAUUGACGAUGAAAAUGAAAUAAUAAAUUUAAAAAGCUCAUCAAAUAAAAAAUUAACAUCUGCUUACUUUAAUAGUAGUAGAUAUUGUAAUAAAGAUUAUUGUGAUAGAUGGCAAGAUAAAACUAGUUGUAUAUCUAAUAUAGAAGUAGAAGAACAAGGAGAAUGUGGUAUAUGUUGGAUAUUUGCAUCUAAGUUACAUUUAGAAACUAUUAGAUGUAUGAGAGGAUAUGGUCAUUAUAGAAGCUCAGCACUUUAUGUAGCCAAUUGUUCAGAUAGAAAAAAAAGUGAAAUAUGUGAUAUUGGUUCAAAUCCAAUCGAAUUUAUACAAAUUUUACAUGAUGUAAAAUAUUUACCUUUAGAAUCUGAUUAUCCAUAUUCAUAUUAUAAUGUUGGAGAUUCAUGUCCAACCCCCAAAAGUAAUUGGACUAAUUUAUGGGGUAAUAAUAAAUUAUUAUAUUUUAAAUCAGGAUCAGUAGAAUUUAUGAGUUCAUAUGGUUUUAUAGCUAUAACUAGUUCAAAUCAUCUAGAUGAUUUUGAUACAUAUGUACAAAUAAUAAAAAACGAAAUAAGAAACAAAGGUUCAGUUAUUGCUUAUAUUAAAACGAAUAAUGUAAUAGAUUAUGAUUUUAACGGAAAAAUAAUUCAUAAUUUAUGUGGUGAUGAUAAUGAUGAUGCUGAUCAUGCAGCAACUAUAAUUGGAUAUGGUAAUUAUAUAAGUAAUACAGGAGAAAAAAGAUCUUAUUGGUUAAUAAGAAAUAGUUGGGGUUAUUAUUGGGGAGAUGAAGGAAAUUUUAAAGUUGAUAUAUAUGGACCCCAAUAUUGUAAAUAUAAUUUUAUUCAAACUGUUGUUUUUUUUAAAUUAGAUUUAGGGGUAAUUGAGGGGCCACAAAAUAAUAAUCAAGUAUAUAAUUAUUUUUCUAGGCAUAUUCCUGCUUUUUUUACAAAUCUAUUUUAUAGUAGUUAUGAUAAACGUUGGGAUGAGCUUAGUUCCGAUGAAGAAUUAAAUAACUAUAACAAAAAUAUUUCGAUAUCUGGUCAAACUGAUAAUCAAAUAAACACUAACAAUGAUUUUUAUAACGAAGAUACAGAUUAUAUCAAUGAAAUAUCUACUUCUUCCUCGAAAAAUAUUUCAAUUCAGAAAAAAUUAGACAUUACCCAUGUUUUAAAAUAUGUUAAAAACAAUAAAACACAAACAUCUUUUAUAAAAUAUGAUGAUAUUCUUGAAAUAGAACAUGAACAUAAUUGUUCGAGGGUACAAAGCAUUGGUUUAAAAAAUAAAAAUGAAUGUAAAUCAUUUUGUUUAGAAAACUGGGUUAAAUGUAAGAAUCACCCUUCUCCUGGAUAUUGUUUAACAACCUUAUAUUCUGGUGAAGAUUGUUUUUUUUGCAACAUAUAA